AUGGUGUUGAAAAGGGAGUGGAAUGGAACUUUUGGACCCUUGACAACUAUAAAGAGGUCCAAAUUUAACCAUCAUACUGUAAAAAAGAGAUCUUUAUUUAUGAUGCAUAAGAAACUUUCUAUGGUUAGAUUUCGCUAUAGAAUUAUAAAAUCCCCACAACUUCGAGCAAGAGGCAAAACCUGCAAAUUGAGAAAAAUCAAGCCAAGGUGGGUGAAGAAAGUUACGGGGGAUCAUCAAGAGGUGCUUCAGCGGGAUUUUGAAAGUGGAUUGUGUAAUUGGCUUUCCUACUGGAAAUCGAAAAGUAACCGUGUUUGGAAUCGGUACAGCUUAUCAGAUAUGAACCAUAAUACACCCAAAUCUUCAGGUGAGCAGAAUGAACCAUGCACACCUGAGGUCUGCUGUACGCAGGAUGCAUUACCUAAUGCUGAGCAGUGUUCUGAGGAGCCAGAAUCCAGAAGGCCUGAUGGCAGUGCAGAUGCUGUCCCACCAGAACUGCAUGCUAGAGCAUCUCCGGAGGCAGAGACCUUGCAGCAGGUGGAGACCAAUGGGGCUGUGGCAGAGGAGCAUUGCUCUGACAUUUUUGUCUCUACGACAGGAAAAGAAAUUUCUGUUUCAGGUCAAGAUGACGCUGAAUCUAAUGAGGUUAUGGGUGUAGAUGGAAUGAUACUAUCACAAUCCUCCUUGGAGGAUUCUGAUGUCAAUCGUAAUUUUUCAAAUGGACCUUUAUCCAUGGAGCUGGCACAAAAGGAGGACAGCCCUAGCCAAAUGGAAGUAGAGGGCUCCUUAAACCUGGACAUUUUUAGUGCAGAGUUACUAGAUCACCCUUACUGUAAAAGUCCUCUUGAGGAGCCUUCACCAGAAAGCACACGACUAAAAUCCGGAACUCAUAAAGGAGGCAAAAGGAACAGUCAGAAAACUUCUCGGGUGGCUGAUGAGCAGUUGGCGACGUGGCUUUGUGGAUUCCUAGAUGAAGUUAUGAAGAAAUAUGGCAGUUUAGUGCCACUGUGUGAAAAAGAUGUCAUGGGAAGAUUAAAUGAAGUCUUUAAUGAAGAUUUCUCCCAUAGAAAACCUUUUAUCAUGAGGGAAAUCGUGAAGUAUCGGGAAAAACAUCCAAAAACCUCCAUGUGCAAUUUCCGGGUCUUCUAUAAUAAGCACAUGCUAGACAUGGAUGAUUUAGCUACACUGGAAGGCCAAAACUGGCUGAAUGACCAGAUAAUUAACAUGUAUGGUGAACUCGUAAUGGAUGCAGUCCCUGAAAAGGUUCAUUUCUUUAACAGUUUUUUUCAUAGACAGCUCGUAACCAAAGGAUAUAAUGGGGUGAAACGAUGGACUAAAAAGGUGGACUUGUUUAAAAAGACUCUCUUGUUAAUUCCUAUUCACCUGGAAGUCCACUGGUCCCUCAUUACUGUGAACAUCCCCAGUCGAAUUAUUUCAUUUUAUGAUUCCCAAGGCAUUCAUUUUAAGUUUUGUGUAGAGAAUAUUCGAAAGUAUUUGCUGACUGAAGCAAAAGAGAAGAAUCAUCCUGAGUUUCUUCAGGGUUGGCAAACGGCUGUUACAAAGUGCAUUCCACAACAGAAAAAUGACAGUGACUGUGGGGUUUUUGUGCUCCAGUACUGCAAGUGCCUCGCCUUAGACCAGCCUUUUCAGUUCUCCCAGGAAGAUAUGCCCCGAGUGAGAAAAAGGAUUUACAAGGAGCUGUGUGAAUGUCAGCUAAUAGACUAAUAGAAUGCAGCCAACCUAAUUUCUCUGGCAUUUCUGACAACUUGCAGCUGGUGUUUGUGUACUUGAAUUUCUGAAAACUUCCGUGAAUUUUGAACGAUUCUCAGCUGAGUGGUAUGGCCACUUGUUACCUCAGUUUUUUGACACGUUCUUUAACUGGCAGAAGAUAACAGAGCUGCCAUAAAAUAUUCCUAAUGUCAGUUUGAUUCCCUUAUGUUCUUUCCUGUAUUUAAUAUUUAUUAUCUCAGCAUGCAUAUAGGCAAAGCAUGCAACUAAAACUAUAAAACUGUAGAUUUGGUGCACCUUUGAGAUGUAGCUAGAAAUGACAAAUACAGAUGAAUUUGUCUGGAAGCAUAAAGAUGCAUGAUAUGUUUUCUGAUGCAAUAAUGCUUUGAAUAUAUCAAAAACAAAAAAACAGUCCCAUAAAAAGAACAGAUAGAACUUGUUUGGCAGUUCCAUUGUCCCUGUUGUGGCUGUAUAAUACUGAAUCACUUUUAGGGUGGCUAAACUCAUCUACAGGUUCAAUUUGUGGAGACCCCUUUUUUAAAUAGUUCAAGUUGCUAAUAAAGUUUGUUUUGUUAACAUUUAUCCAGUGUCAUUAUGAGCCUGUCCCCGUAGAUAAAAAGCAGCCUUUGCACAAAAAAGCUUCAGCACCUGUCUGUAUAAUAGAAAGUACAAAGGUGUUCAGUCAGUCAGGUUGAUGGUAUGUUCCUAUAUGCUGCAGAAGUCUCCAUGAUGUGUGUAUUAAGGAGAGUUAUAAAGCUGGCCCUGAAGAGUCACGGCUUAGAUACUGAGAUAAACUCCUUGCUGUAACUGUUUAAAUCUCAGAUAACUUUCAGUCAUUUUUCAGUUCCACAGUAUGCAGUGAAAUGUACCAUUUCAGCGUCCGUCCCUUCAGCUCUGUCUUCAAAUGAAUUUCCGUCAAGCUUGUUGUCUUUAACCUCCUAUUUGCUUUUGCCUUUGUUCAAAUAUAAAUUAAUUCUUUUUUGCUGCA